AUGGGACGUCUCCUCUACUGUCUCUACAGUCUCCUCUACAGUCUCCUCUACAGUCUCCUCUACAGUCUCCUCUACAGUCUCCUCUACAGUCUCCUCUACAGUCUCUCCCGUCUCCUCUACUGUCUUUACCGUCUCCUCUACAGUCUCUACGGCCUCUACAGUCUACAGUCUCUACAGUCUACAGUCUCCUCUAAGUCUCUACAGUAUCUACAGUCUCCUCUACAGUCUCUACAGUCUCUCUACAGUCUCUACAGUCUCCUCUACAGUCUCUUCUACAGUCUCUACAGUCUCUUCUACAGUCUCUUCUACAGUCUCCUCUACAGUCUCCUCUACUGUCUCCUCUACAGUCUCCUCUACAGUCUCUACAGUCUCCUCUACAGUCUCUACAGUCUCCUCUACAGUCUCUACAGUCUCCUCUACAGUCUCGACAGUCUCCUCUACAGUCUCUACAGUCUCUUCUACAGUCUCCUCUACAGUCUCUUCUACAGUCUCCUCUACAGUCUCCUCUACAGUCUCCUCUACAGUCUCCUCUACAGUCUCUACAGUCUCCUCUACAGUCUCUACAGUCUCCUCUACAGUCUUUACCGUCUCCUCUACAGUCUUUACCGUCUCCUCUACAGUCUCCUCUACAGUCUCUACAGUCUCCUCUACAGUCUUUACCGUCUCCUCUACAGUCUCCUCUACAGUCUCUACAGUCUCCUCUACAGUCUCCUCUACAGUCUCUACAGUCUCCUCUACAGUCACCUCUACAGUCUCCUCUACAGUCUCCUCUACAGUCUCCUCUACAGUCUCCUCUACAGUCUCUACAGUCUCCUCUACAGUCUCUACAGUCUCCUCUACAGUCUCUACAGUCUCCUCUACAGUCUCUACAGUCUCCUCUACAGUCUCUACAGUCUCCUCUACAGUCUUUACCGUCUCCUCUACAGUCUCCUCUACAGUCACCUCUACAGUCUCUACAGUUUCCUCUACAGUCUCCUCUACUGUCUCUACAGUCACCUCUACAGUCUCCUCAGUCUCCUCUACAGUCUCUACAGUCUCUACAGUCUCCUCUACAGUCUCCUCUACAGUCUCCUCUACAGUCUCCUCUACAGUCUCCUCUACAGACUCCUCUACAGUCUCCUCUACAGUCUCCUCUACAGUCUCCUCUACAGACUCCUCUACAGUCUCCUCUACAGUCUCCUCUACAGUCUCCUCUACAGUCUCUACAGUCUCCUCUACAGUCUCCUCUACAGUCUUUACCGUCUCCUCUACAGUCUUUACCGUCUCCUCUACAGUCUCCUCUACAGUCUCUACAGUUUCCUCUACAGUCUCCUCUACUGUCUCUACAGUCACCUCUACAGUCUCCUCAGUCUCCUCUACAGUCUCUACAGUCUCCUCUACAGUCUCCUCUACAGUCUUUACCGUCUCCUCUACAGUCUUUACCGUCUCCUCUACAGUCUCUACAGUCUCUACAGUCUCCUCUACAGUCUUUACCGUCUCCUCUACAGUCUCCUCUACAGUCUCUACAGUCUCCUCUACAGUCUCCUCUACAGUCUCCUCUACAGUCUCCUCUACAGUCACCUCUACAGUCUCCUCUACAGUCACCUCUACAGUCUCCUCUACAGUCUCUACAGUCUCCUCUACAGUCUCUACAGUCUCCUCUACAGUCUCUACAGUCUCCUCUACAGUCUCUACAGUCUCCUCUACAGUCUUUACCGUCUCCUCUACAGUCUUUACCGUCUCCUCUACAGUCUCUACAGUCUCCUCUACAGUCUCCUCUACAGUCUUUACCGUCUCCUCUACAGUCUCCUCUACAGUCACCUCUACAGUCUCUACAGUUUCCUCUACAGUCUCCUCUACUGUCUCUACAGUCACCUCUACAGUCUCCUCAGUCUCCUCUACAGUCUCCUCUACAGUCUCCUCAGUCUCCUCUACAGUCUCCUCUACAGUCUCCUCUACAGUCUCCUCUACAGUCUCCUCUACAGACUCCUCUACAGUCUCCUCUACAGUCUCCUCUACAGUCUCCUCUACAGUCUCCUCUACAGUCUCCUCUACAGUCUCCUCUACAGUCUCCUCUACAGGGUUAGGGUUAGGGUCUGUAAGGAGACCGCCACCUGA